AUGGCCGACCUUGAAGUUAAAUCAUCGCAGAUAGAAGGUGCUGGCUUUGGUUUAUUCACUCGAACGCCAAUUGCCAAAGGCUCAUGUGUGUGUAUCUAUAGUGGCAAAGUACUCCGUACCGUUGAGGCCAUACGUCUCAAAGAUAAAGCUUAUUUAAUGCGGCUUGGACCACAAGUUUAUGUUGAUCCAUUUGAUGAUAAAACCGUACUUGGAAGAUAUAUAAAUGAUCCACGUAAUCGUCUAUUGCAAAAUGUUACAUUCGAUAAACGUCCUGAAGAGCAAUGUGCAUAUGUUAUUGCUAAACGAGAUAUAGCGGCAGGCGAAGAAAUUUUUGCCGACUAUGGACGAUGGUAUUGGUUAAAAUCAACUCCAAAUAGAUUAGAAAAAUUGCCUGUGUGA